UUUACUUUAUUUUAUUCUAUUCUAUUUAUUUUUAAUAUCAUUUUAUUUUCUUCGACACUAGUUCUCUUGUGACCAAUGCGGUCAUAGUGCACUUCCCGACUUCUGUAUUUGUAUGCUUCUAGACAUAGAUGCCUCCUCCCUCAGGUAGUUACUAUAUAACCUUCCUCAACACCCCCCCAAGUUGAAGAUCCUCCUACCCACUCCUCAAAUUACACAUCCUUCCAAUAUAAUCCCUGCUGCCUAAUAUCCAACACAUUAUAAACUCUUCUGGUCCCAAUACAUCUUGAUCUUCUGCGUUCGCGCAUACCACCAUCACUACCGAUCCAAGUUUACAACUAUACCGUCACGGUGUCUCCUCAAAGAUUUUCGUCUCGGUUUAUCACGCUGCCUCGACUCUUUCCUAUACGAGAUACAGUCAUCCAUCAACGAGCCCCAGCUAGAAGACAAUCAUUGCGACGUUCUUCCACCAUGCCCGCCCCGAUCGACAUUGUCGAACCCGUCGUGCCCGUGCGCAAUCUCGAGGCCGACGAGGUAUACGUGAUGGACGCUUUUGAGCGUCACGCAAGCCACUGUCCUCAAUGCGCUGACCCUCUGAAGGCGCACGAAGAGAACCGCUCUCUGUGUGAACGUGGGCACCAAUACGCCAUCGACGUCGCCGAUUACCUUUACAGCAAGAACGGAAAGUCAUACUCGGCGCUCGACCGUGAGCUCAAUCAGCCAACUCUCGUCAAGAUCCCCCGCACCUGUCUAGCUGUGCGCGCACUGCUACUUGCCAUUGAAGAUGGUCUGCGCCUGAACCGCAAAGGACGAGGAGCCGUCAAGGCCCCUCGCUCUCCUAUUAUCACCUAUGACCGGACAUACCCUGUUCCUCCUCGCCGGUCAGCAACACCACCAGAGCAGCCCGCCUUAUACAAUGAGAUCAUCGAGCGCGAGCCCCGCGACAUGAAACGCCGCCGGGUCAUUGUCUACUCCUCUCCUCGUAGUUCUCCUAGCCGGGGCUCGCUGUACGAGUCUGAUGCAGCAGAGCGCAGACGCUACAGGGAAUCGUCGCGCAUUUACAGACCGACCGAAUACCACCGCUGAGCACUUUCAUGCGUGAGAUCUCUUAGUUCAUUUUUUCUCGAUACAUUAUAUACGGACCACACCAUUGCCG